GUCUUUGACAGGACAUUUUGACAGGCGACGCAACGCUUGUGAAGCCGGCUUUGGCGGUUUUUAUUUCGUAGAAAAUUAGGAUUUUUAGAAAAAUACAAUCCAAAAAUGGCUUACAAAGGCCCACCGAAAGUCCAGAAGGUGAUGGUGCAACCCAUCAACCUCAUCUUCAGAUAUUUACAAAAUAGAAGUCGGGUGCAGAUUUGGUUGUACGAGAACGUGAAUUUGAGAAUCGAGGGUCACAUCGUGGGUUUUGAUGAAUACAUGAACAUUGUUUUGGACGAAGCUGAAGAAGUUCACAUGAAGACCAAAAAUAGAAAACCAAUCGGAAGGAUUAUGAUGAAAGGCGAUAAUAUAACUCUAAUCCAAAAUGUGAAUCCAAACGCUUCUACGUGAUUUGAUAAGGUUAUAAACAUUACCGUGUAUUCAUUCCUAGUAAAUAAGUGUGAAUGUUUCAACUGUGGGUCAGCUGCAACUUAUUUUUUAAGUGUCCCAAUUAAAACUUAAGAUUUUA